GAAAAAAUGUUCUACCUUUCUCACAUAAACACAAGAAGAAAGACAAAAAUGUUAUCUGUUCAAGCGAUAAAACAGAAAGGUCAACAAAUAAAUUACUAACCACCACUUCCUCAUACACAGUUUCCUUCUUGGAAAAGAUGUUCAAGUGUUGAAAAGACUAUCUAUUCAGGCGUGGCUCUUCUAAGCUGUACUUCCUUUCAGAGGUUUUGACUUCCUAUUACUGUAGGCCUACUUGUACAAUACUGAGGCUGGUACAGGGCACUGUGUCAUACGGCAACAUAACAUGACACAGAACUCAUCAAAUUCUGACAUACAGUGUAAAGCAAAGGCCUGAGUGAAAGGAUCCGGACGUGUUCCCUUCAGCAUGGCACACUGUUUUAAGUCAAACGUCACCGUCGACCCAUCAAACCAAUCAGGCAAUGUGAGUUCUGUAAACAUUUUCGCCAUUUCCCUCCACGGCUUGUUCUCUUCCAUCGGCAUCAUAGAGAACCUCCUCAUCCUCGGGGUGGUGGGCUUCCACGUCCGCCGCUCCGUCAUCAGCGUGUGGAUCCUGAACCUCGCGGCCUCCGACCUGCUCGCCACUUCUUCCCUUCCCUUCUUCACCCUCUACAUGGCACGCGGCAACACCUGGACGCUGGGCCGUACCUUCUGCCGCAUCCACUCCUCCACCUUCUUCCUCAACAUGUUCGUCAGUGGCUUCCUGCUGGCGGCCAUAUCUAUGGACCGCUGCCUGGUGGUGGUGAGACCAGUCUGGGCCCAGAACCACAGGAGCAUCAAACUCGUGAAGAAGAUAUGUGGGGGGAUUUGGGCCUUAGCUGUGGUCUGCACCAUCCCUUUCUACAUGUUCCGUGACACCAUUCCCCUUCCAAAUGGGAAGAUCCUCUGUUACUACAAUUAUAAUGUAUUCCUCCCCAGUGAGCCAUUUAACCAUGAAGCAUUAUGCAAGCAGCGGAAGGAGGCCUUGGCCUUCAUGAAGCUCUUCCUAGCCUUCCUCAUCCCUCUGCUAAUCAUCAUCCUCAGCUACAUCACCGUGUAUUCCCACUUGGCACGCAGAGGCUACCGACGCUCUUAUCGUUUCGUUCGUCUCGUGAUAGCCGUGGUGGUGAGCUUCGUCCUCUGCUGGGCACCGUACCAUUUCUUUAUCAUCAUGGAGGUGUUAUCUCCCAGCGGGCACCGUAUGCAAAAAUUGGCAGGCGGGGCCCUCCAGGUCGCGGCGACCCUUGGCUUCCUGAACAGCGUCCUGAACCCGUUUCUGUACGUGUUCAGCUGCCCCGACCUGUGCAUCAAGAUCAGACAUUCCCUGGGUGCGGUGAUGGAGAGCGUACUGGCGGAGGACCUGGCCGAACUGGCCCGGCGCCGCAGCACCGCCCGCAGCUCGUUAAGCACCACCACAGAGUAUAUAAAGAAGCCGUCUUCCGUCGCAGCCCUCGGUCUGAAAACAGAGGAGCAGGAGCAGGAGCAGGAGCAGGAUGAAAGUGUUGCUGAACCAACUGAACUAAUGAUGAACCAACUGCACUGAGAACCAGCAGUCAACAGAAAAGUGCUUAUAGGAAAUAUAUGAGAAAGGCAUUUAUUUCCCUUUCCCUUGUUUAUUUUAACCAAAGCUCACCAUAUUUACUCUUUAGCCAGCUUCUAGCACGGAUUAUUACUGGUUAUUAUUAUUGUGCACCAUCAGCUAUCAUGACCAUUAGUAGACCGCUGGCUUUUCUGUUGGAAAUUAAAAUGUUCUAAGCUUUGUUAAUCAUUCCUGUCUUCUCUUUAUCUUUAAGAGUAAAUGUUUGAAUGACACACUUGUGCAUCAUCAUCGCUUCACUGCAAGUUCCAGGGCAAGAAUCAAUGAGAUGACUUGAAGGUUUCCCCACCACAAUAAUAUUGUUUUUGUAUUUGUUGGAUAAUGUGUUGCCCACAUUUAAUUUAGAACUUACGGAACAGAAUCACAAUCAAGUAUGUUAUAUAUAAGUGUGUGCCUGUUUUACAGAUCUUGUCCCUCUCAAAUGUAUUAGACCUUCUCUAACAAAUACAAUGUUUUUACGUGGGUAUAUCUGAUAGAUGUAUAUAUGUAUCAUGCUUCUGUUUUUCUCUCUCUCUAUUGUGAAGGAAGCUGUUAUAAUAUGCUUGUGGUCUCACACCAGAUUUUAUCAGUAGCUGCAGGAGCUGACACAACAUAUCUUUGUGUGUGGGUUACUGCUAGCGACAGUGAACGUCUUAGGUUUUGCAUUGCGUAUCUGCUUCAGUUCCCAAUAUUUCCCACCUUGCAUUUUAUAUCUACCCUUUGUAAUUCUUAUUAUGUAACGUAGCUGUUCUUAACGGUAAUAAAGAAAAAGAAAAGCUCUCA